UCAACUUAAAACAUAAAAUAUAUUCCAUAUUUUUGCGUUUGUUGAAGGCUUUUAUAAUGACGUUUUGCUCUGCUUCAGAACAAUAAUUUGGCAACAGACAUGCUAGGUUGCUAUCUGUCUAUAAUUUAAUGUGAGUUAGAAAAAUUACAAGAUGAAGACUAUGAUUCUUGUGUCGGUUUUAUUGACGGGUCUUCUGUUAAAAGUCAAAGCCUCUUUACGUACAUGUACAAAUAUGGACAACUUCAGCUUCCUUCGCAGGAAUAAAAAAAUAAUGGGUCGAGGUAUAGACGUCAUAGAAGACACUGGACUGGUGGAAUGUGCGGCAGAAUGUAAACUUCGUAAAAAGUGCAAAUCACUCAGCUUUGUGCAUUCCAGUGGAAGAUGUUUGCUUUAUGAAAAUGCCAUCGGACAAGGCGGGAACGCCGUCUUUGAUUCACUUGGAACUGAUAUAAGCAACAUACAAGACUGGCCCUCGAGAAUCGCUGGUCCUUGUAAAAACCAUGGCUGUUCCGACUACGAAGUGUGUAAACCGACGAGCAGAUACUCGAAGGAAUGCGUCACAGCAUACUGUCCAAGCCCUCCAACUGUUGACCACGCCCAGGCUACCUUCGUGACAACCUACGAGACGACAAAAGUAGGAAGUCAACUGUCCUACACGUGUGAUGUCAACUUCCACCCAGUAGGUAACAGAACCUGUCUACCAGACGGAACGUGGUCUGACUUCAGAUGUGAACCUGUAUGUCCUCCACCGCCUACUGUUGCGAAUGCUGACCCACAAUUUGACCUGAACAACCUGAACACGUCAGCCGGAGUCGUCCUCGAAUACACGUGUCACCAGUACUAUGGCCCAGUGGGAGAAAUGAGAUGUCAAAAUGAUGCAACCUGGACGUCGUUUUCUUGCAGGAGAACAAACUGCCCUCAGCCACCUCACGUAUUGGAUGCUGUCGCUAACUUUGAUGUGAACAAUCCAGUCACAUCAGUUGGGUCUGUCCUCAGUUACACGUGUAACCAGUACUAUGGACCAACAGGAGAAAUGAGAUGUCAAAGCGAUGGGACCUGGGCCAGAUUUGCUUGCGAGAGAACAAACUGCUCUCAACCACCUCACGUAUUGGAUGCUGUCGCUAACUUUGAUGUGAGCAAUUCAGAUACGUCAGUUGGGUCUGUCCUCAGUUACACGUGUAACCAGUACUAUGGACCAACAGGAGAAAUGAGAUGUCAACGCGAUGGGACCUGGGCCAGAUUUGCUUGCGAGAGAACAAACUGCCCUCCACCACCUGUCGUUACGAACGCUAGCCCAGACUUUGAUAUAGAUGAGCCUGACACAUCGAUUGGAGUCGUUCUCAGUUACACCUGUAGUCAGAACUAUGUGGGAGUUGGAGAAAUGAGAUGUCAGAGCAAUGGUGCCUGGACAAGCUUUUCUUGUACAUACACUAUAUGUCCUGCUUCGACAUACUAUGACCCAGCGAGGACCAAGUGCUACUCGUUAACCACUGAAGAGGUGAAGUGGUCAAAAGCGAAGAACAAGUGUGCUAAAACUGGCUUUUUAACGGACAUCAAAAAAGAAGAGGACUAUAAUUUUAUAGCAAGCAUUGUAACACCCAACAUUAAUUACUGGAUUGGCCUAUCGGACAAACAGAUAGAGGGCGUCUGGCAGUGGAUCGACGGAACUACCGACGGCUUUAUUCCGUGGAAAGCCGGGGAAACUGAAGGACAAAGAAGCCAAAACUGUGCUAGUUGGCACAAGAGUGGGCAGAUCAAGGAUAAAAGCUGCAACGGAGACGAAUAUGGAUACAUCUGUCGAGUUAAUCCAGUGAGAUGUAUUGCGCCACCCGUUAUCUCCUCAGCGCAUCCAGACUUCGACCCAGCCACAGCUGAUCGGUCUAUAGGCACCAGGUUGACCUACACGUGUAAACUCCCGUCUUACGAAUCAAGCGCGGCGACGUGUAACACCGAUGGGACCUGGUCGGUAGAAAACAGAUGCUCGGUGUUCGGUGCUCAAGGGUAGCUACAAGUACGCACUGUACUCGAUUCCAGCACACGUUUCUUUCCACCAAAGCUGCAAGAAAACAAGAAAAAAAGGAAGAAAAAACCGACCAAAAAAACCACACAAACAAACAAAAACAAAAAAACCCCACAACCACACAGACAUUUUAAGACUAUAAAUACUGUAUUUCCUCGGGGCGCAAAUUCAUUUCAAAAUGGUCGCAGAUCCGGCGCUUAUUGGAGACCCCGCCUUUAUUUUUUAAAACCAAUUUUAGAAAUUAAAUCUAAAAACUACAAACUUACAAUUUGUUUGUUUUUUUACUUUAAUUUCGAACUGUUACAAAA